AACGCUCCCGCGAGCGCUUCCCCCGGGAUCUGCCGCCUCCCCUGCCCAGACCCGCGGGAAAAUGACGGCCGGCUUCGACAUCGACGCCCCGCGCUGGGACCAGGGCACGUUCGCCGGGCGCCUGCGGCAUUUCCUCGCCAUCACCGACCCGCGGCUGGUGCUGGCGUCCGAGGCCGAGCUGGACCGGGCCAAGGCCCUGGUGCACGGGUGCAGGGCCGGGCUGGUGCCGCCGGGCAGCAGCCGGGAGCAGCUGCUGCGCGCCAAGACGCUCUACGACUCGGCCUUCCACCCCGACAGCGGCGAGAGGAUGAACCUGCUGGGGCGCAUGUCCUUCCAGGUGCCGGGCGGCAUGGCCCUCACGGGCUGCAUGCUGCAGUUUUACCGGACGGUGCCCGCCGUGGUUUUCUGGCAGUGGGUGAACCAGUCCUUCAACGCCGUCGUCAACUACACCAACCGCAACGCCGCCUCGCCGGUCUCGCUGAAGCAAAUCGCCGUGGCGUACGUCACCGCCACCGGCACAGCGCUGGCCACCGCCGUGAGCCUCAACCUCUACACCAAGCGAGCCCCCCCCUUGGUUGCCCGCUGGGUGCCCUUCGCGGCCGUGGCUGCUGCCAACUGCGUCAACAUCCCCAUGAUGAGGCAACAGGAGAUCAUCAACGGGAUCACGGUGACGGACGAGGACAACAACGAGCUCGGCCGCUCCAGCAGGGCUGCAGUGAAGGGCAUCACGCAGGUCGUCAUCUCCAGGAUCACCAUGGCAGCACCAGGCAUGAUUAUUCUGCCAAUCAUCAUGGAGCGGCUGGAGAAAUUCCCCUUCAUGAAGAGGAUCCAGUUUCUCCACGGGCCUUUGCAAGCGCUGCUGAGUGGGGGCUUCCUCCUGUUCAUGGUGCCGGCAGCCUGCGCCCUGUUCCCGCAGAGAUGCUCCCUCGCGCUGGCUGACCUCGAGCCGGAGCUGCGCGCCAGCAUCGUGGCCAAGCACGGGGACAAAGUGCCGUACGUCUAUUUUAACAAGGGACUGUGAACGGAGACUGCUGCAGGAGCCGUCGCACCCCUCCGGCCCCCGCCAGGCAGGACUGUGGCUCUGUCUGCCCGGGCCAUGGCUGGCGCAUUGGCUUCUCCUAAGCUUCCCCCGCUGUGAUGCUGGCCGUGUCCCGCUCAGCCCGGGCCACGCGUCCUCCCGUGCCUCCCUCCUGGCCCCACUGCCGUGCACAGGAGGGCUCUGCCCAGCCUGUUGGAGCCUUACACAGUUGCAGGCACCAGGCUCUCCACCUCCGUGCUCGAAGCACCGUCCUACCUCUGAAAGCAGGCGUCCCUCCGUCGCCUGCAUCCGGUACCAGGUACCAAACCACGACACUUGGUGUCGAAUCACUUCAGUGGCCUUUCUCCAAAAGCUGCUUCCCUUCUUGGCAGGAGAGGAGGGACCUGUCUCCUCCGCAGAGGGAGCGCACCAAUGUCCUGGGACCAAUACUGGGACCAUUUCUCCCAUGCUGUCACAUUCAGAUUUCCUUCUCUUUGCAAUUGCCACAAUCAAGGAGAGAAAUACCCGAUUGUUUUUAAGCUCUAUUUUUUGUGAUCUGCCCUUUCCUCUGAGCACCAGAGCCAGCUGUCACCCCUGCUAUCCUUCAUCUCACUGUCCCCAGGGUUGCAUCAAGGACCUGCAGCCUUGGGGUAAGUUGACUCUAGGCCCCACUGGAAGCAGGGGAGAAGAGGGGAAGCAGAGGAGACACAAAGCAGUCCAGGUGUUAGCUGAGGCUCUGAAUGGACAGCUCUGCAAACGCUAGAGGGGAGGGAUGA